AAGCAGAACUCCCCCGGAUUCCUGUACAGCAGAGUGAGGGGUAAGGUACGGUAGGCUCGGGAGGUAAGGCGGCAUUUUUGUACUAUGGCAACAGUCUCUCCUCCAUCUUUCUCUCCCAGUAAACGCAAACCUCGUCCAAGGUCCAACCCCGCAUCUGUUUCCUUCUCAGGCCACUAGAAACGUCCCACUUCUGCUUGCCAUCCGACGUUGCAUGAUGAUGUCGACGCCCUCUCCGUCCGCAUCCAGCACGGCCGCACACAAACAAGGCCAUCAUGAUGCUGGCAAUUCCGCCCCUGCCCCUGUCGCCGUCCCAAAGCGAAGGGCGCCCAAGGCUUGCCGCGCUUGUCGGAUGAGAAAGGUUCGCUGCAAUGUCUUCGAGCAUGGCCCGCCAUGCACCAACUGUAGGUUGGAUGACGUUGAUUGCGCAGUCCCUCAGCGUCGCAAGGGCCGCUCCCAUCCAAAUACCCGAAAGGUACAGCGCAGCCCGCAGACCGAGGCACUGUUCACGGAGCCGGGUUUGAUGGAAUGGGAGAACGACGAGCAGAUUCUGUCCACAAGCAGCAAUAAUGACGCAGCUGUGCGCCAAACCGUCAUCGUUGGCGGGAACCCGGAAGACGAUACAUCUGCUCAGAGAGCUCCAGAACGACCUCGACAAAUUGAAGCCACAGCGGACGCGAUUCCCGAAGCAUCGACUUUGGUGCUCGAGCAAGCUUUCUCACGCCCGCCCGCCGGUUCGAUCGAGCUCCCAUAUUUUAUCCGCCCGCUACCCUCGAACAUCGAUCCGGUCGACCUAGAAUACCUGCAGAGAAGGGGCACGUUCCGGCUUCCCGAAAAGCCUCUGGUAGAAGAGCUGCUCUGGAACUACUUUGAAAUGAUUCAUCCAUUCACUCCAAUUGUGGACCGCGAUGUCAUUUCCCAGCUGUUCGAAUUCCAAAUCACGACGAAUGGAGGCGAAGAUGCGAGAUUGAGUCUGUUCUUGAUGCAGGCCAUGCUGUUCGUCGCCAGUGCCUUCGUCAAGGAGUCUUUCCUGCAAGAAGGAGGAUACGGGAUCCGCGCCGACCUCCGUCGCGAGUUCUACCUCCGCGCUAAAGCGUUGUACGAUUUCGACUUGGAGACAGACCCCGUUGCGUCCCUCCAGGGACUGCUCAUCCUCACAUAUUGGUUCAGCCCGGAGCAGCCGAAGAACGGAUGGUUCUGGCUGGAGGCGGCCAUCUCGAAGGCGCAGCUGAUGGAUCUCUCGGCCAUGGUUGAGAGGUGUCAGCAAGGCAGGCGGAAGAGUUUGUUGAAGAGACUGUGGUGGUGCUGCUUCAUCAAAGAGAACGCCACGCAUCUCGAGCUGAGAAAGAUUCCAAGGCUGCGGUUGGAGACGUGCGAUGUGGAGCCCCUCGCCCUGGCAGACUUUGGGAUCGAGGAAGAUGGACAUGAAGAAGCGGGACAGGCGUCGCAGAGGCAGGGCUUUCUCGUCCUGGCACGAUCGGACGCAUUCCGCACCAGCAACUUCAUGAUUGUCAGCAAGGAGCGCGCCAUCAUCAUCGAGACCAAGGCAUGCGAGGCGCAGUUGAGACAGUGGAGGGACACGCUACACCCGGAAGCUCAAUGGCGAGAACCACAGGACAAUGUCGAAGUCGAUUCUAGUGUCGAAAUGCACAAGAUCUUGAUGCAUCUUAUGUAUUUCGCCGCUAUGAGCACCUUGUAUCAGGCCCAGGGGUUCCCCCUAACUGCUCAAGCACCUACAGAUCCAGAGCAGCUUCGGUUUCAUGAGCUUUCGAAGCAAAGAGUCUGUUACUCAGCGGGGGAAAUCACCAAACUGGCGGAGGCAGCUAGACGCUACCAAGUGACGCCCUAUAUGCCCGACUUUACCCUCGCGCUUCUGGUGCCCGCCAUCGUCGUCCACCUCCGGAGACUCCGCGCUCGCCAGCCCGAGUGUCGACAGGAGGGCUACCGGGGCCUACGCAUCUGCAUCGAGCUGGUUGAAAGCCUCAAGCAAUCCUGCGCCGCCGCCCACCGCGUCGUGCGGCUCCUGACGCCUGCCUUGGAGAAAUCCGGCUGCUCUCUCACCGCAGCUUCACCUCUCUCCAGGCAACGAUCUGCGACAGCAGCAGCAGCAGCAACAGCAGAAGCCAAAGACGGCCCAACAACAACAACCACCUUAACUGACUUCCCAUCCUUCACCAUCACCACCCCGUCCCCGCUCCCCCCCUUCCUCGACGCCCCGCUCUCCCCGGUCUCCCCUGCCGCCAUAUCCGGCGCCCCCCAGAACGAGAACGAAAAGCGCCCCGGCUGCCCCACCACCACCACCAUCAUCACUCCGCCCGCCAGCCUCGGCCAACCGAUGCCGACCUUUUGGUUCGACAGCCUCACGCUGGACAUGGACACAAUGAGCGCAGACAGCACCAACCCGCUCGGCGCGACGCAGCCGCUCGAGCAGCCGCCACUGGCCAUGUACGCAUUCGACAGCGCCGAUACCGCGGACCUGUUUGCGAGCCUGGACGACAUAGAUUGGUCAGUCGACUCGCUGUUCAGCAACUUGAACUCGCCCAUUCCAAACUCGAUAGACUGUCCGUUGGAUAUGGAUGGGUUUGGUUGA